AUGGAGGUGGUUCAUUCUGCCCCUGAGACUUUCUCCAGAAGUGUAAAGAAAAAAAAACUGCUUCCUCUCAGCCAGCUACUGGAGGACACCAGAAGGAGUGGAAAUGUCCCCCAUCACCUUCUGGAAACUAGGGUGUUUGCCAAACUGAAGAGUAACAGUGUAGUUCAGGCUGAACCAUUAGAACUGCAUUUCAGUGGCUUUGAAGUAGGAAAGGAUUACAGGAAGAUUCUGGUUGGCAAGAAGAAGACCAAACUUGAUCCUCAACUGCAGGUUUCCACCACAGAUGUCACCACUCAUGCAGGACUUGUUAAAAUGCUUCUCCAGCCACAAGACAAAAUGAGAUACAAGGACCUCCGUGAAGCCAUGUCCUAUACCAAGGUUGCAGACCAGACAAGAGAGAUGAAGGAAGCUGCAUUUUUAAAGAAGGUCCAACAAAAGGAGAAAAACAAUAAUAUCUGCUGGCAAGUUGAUCUGGGUGAUGACCCAUGUUCAACAGAACAGAAACGUAACAUUUUGAAGGAGCAAGACGAGGCACUUGCUGCAUACAAACUAAAAUACAGUGGCGAGUCAGUGGCCUCUUCAAGAACUUUAACUAAACUUUCCUCACGGCAAAUUUUGCGACAUGUUGGAGAGCUCCCAGAAUGCACUGCUAUUUUCAGCAGCUAUGGCACUGGCCAGCUGGAGGUCAGACAGAGAGCGCUCAGACUCUUCCAGCAGGCUGCUCGAAAGGUUGUUCUUCAAUGUCGUAUGAACAAGAGACUGGUGUCACUAAGAGAGCUUGUUCACAAAACCAGGAGUCUGCAGGGAGACAAAGAAUCAGGCGAAAAAUCUUACCUCUUAUCAGAAAAACUUCUGCCCUUCACCUUUAAUACAUUUAUACCUGAAGACCAACCUGAUGAACUUGCUGUGAAUGCAUUGAGGCAUGUUCCUGUGAGAAUGCCUGAAGCGGAUAUGAAACUCACCAUUCCAUUAUUCAGUCUAAAGGUCCCCCAGCAUUACAGACUGAUGGGUUAUCAGCCAUUAUCUGUUUAUGAUGCAGCAGCAACAUUUAUUCCUCCUGACCUGUGUCGGACAUUACACACCGGAGCACAGGAUGAGCUGUUGCCUGUGGUGACAUGUACAGCUGUAGAUCUCAGUGAAGAUGAGGAAGAUAAGAAACAGGAGGAAGAUGAUGGAUCAGAUCAUGAUUUAUGUCCCACACUCAGUUUCAGUGCUCCUGAAGCACUCCUCAGACCACCCAACGCUCACCCUCUCCGGAUCUUUAAUCCUGCACCACAUGUUUAUGCCUUCAAACCAGCUCCGCUUUACCUGGAGUGUGACCUGGACGUUCAUCUGUGUCCACUGCCACGAUACACUGUCACUAAAGGCAAUGCCGUAGGUGUGCAUGUCCCUCCAACUCAGAAGAAAUUUCUAGAUAGAAAGGAUAUAAUCAAAGGGAUUAUGGCGUGGAAGAAGUUUCCCUCUGUGGCCUUUAACACUUUAUCCAAUAUUUCAACUAUAAUAAGCAACUGCGCCCCAUGCUUGUCUGACCCCUUCAGUAUCGUCUUGAUGCCUGUGGAGGCUCCUCCAGCUCUUCAGGUUCUGCCCGACAGCAUCAGAGACGAGAUUCAAUCUGGAGUGUCCGAGAGCUCAGAUCUCCGUCUCACUCCUGAGAUGGUUGAGGCAGAGUUCGGCCUGUCUAAGAGAUCUUCAGCUACAUCUAUUAAAGAGGAUGGAGAUGAAGACAACGGUCUCAGAACUCCAGUAGCAGCAGUCAAUGCUGCAGAAACAACCACGAGGUGA